UGGUGACAGCGCAGCAGCAGCAUCUGGCUGACACAUUGAACUCAAUCCUCUCUGACGAUCCAGAGCUCACAUUUAGUUGUUAACAAUGUCGUCCGACACGUUGCUGCAUGCCGCCAAUUUCAGCACCCUGUUUGUGUGCAUGGUGCUGAAGUUCCCGCAGAUAUUCGUACUGAUACGAGCCAAAUCCACGGCUGGAGUCAGCCUCAACAGUCUUCUCCUCGAGUUGACCGGGUUCAUUGUUUUUGUUACGUACCAGAUGUACUAUGACUACCCACCUCCAACAUACCUGGAAUAUCCAAUCCUCAUCGCUCAAGAUGCCAUUCUUCUGCUCCUCAUCCUGCACUAUAACGGCAGCCUGCGGCAGAGCCUCGUCUACACCUUGCUGUUUGUCGGGGGUUGGAGGCUCCUCACUGUGGACAAGUGGAUCAUAGAUUUGGCUAUGAGUCUGUGUACGUUCAUCAGUGCAGCCAGUAAAUUUGCCCAACUGCAGUGCUUGUGGAGCUCUAAGGACGCGGGACAGGUUAGCGCCCUCUCCUGGGCUAUGGCUACCUACUCAUGUAUUGCACGGAUUUACACCACCACAGUGACAACUGGAGACAUGCAGGUCCUGGUGCGGUUCAUCAUCAUGACGUUGCUCAACAUGUGGGUGCUGCUCACUGUGCUCUACUACCAGAGGCAGCGCCGCAGCAGGUCCAAGAAAGACGACUAAAGCUGUCACUCCUGUCCUCAGCUGUGUGCAGCAGAGACCUCUGGGUUCCUCUGGACACACACCUAAAGAGUAACAACGGUUCUGUAAGCAGCUUUUGUAAUAGUGGCCUGUAAAAUGUGCUUUUUAUAGUUUUUACCUCACAUAUCCUUUUUUAUAACAUUCCAGUGACAUGUUUUGCUACCGAGACAAAUGCUUUUCUUCCUGCUGUAUGAAACUAAAUGUGUUAUUAGAUAGGUCAGCACAAGCCAAGAAUAUCUGAGGUCUUGCUACUAAGAAAUACUGUAUAUUAAAUCUUUUAUAAGUCCUUCUGUGAACUAUUUUAAUAAAGCAUUCUAGCUCCUAACAUUGGUCAUUUCAGUCUCACACGUUACAAACUCACCCAGAAAAUAAGUAAAAGUUGUGGUGCACCUUUUUACAGAAUGAUAGCUCCAAGAUAUAUUUCUU